UUUCAGUAUUCUGCACUUGUCUUGUUCAAUUUUACCCCAUCCACCCACAAGAUUUUAAAAUUGUUCUUUUUGACCAAGUCACAGAAGAAAAAAACUGGUUAAAUCAUGGAUUUAUAUGUAAAUAUAUAUAUGUCGGUGACAGUACAACUGUGAUCUCAAUUAUCUGUAUUAUGUCACUAUUCAGUCCUCUUCACUUAACAGUAACCUUACAAGUGUUGUCUUCUGUAUUUGAAAUUUUUAUCUUUGCUGUCCAGCUGGUUAAGGUUAUGUUCCAGCUUUUAGGAUGCCAUGGCUCAUAUUUUAUCUGCAUUAUAUACC